AUGGAAGGCAGAAAGUUCAAGCAUUUGACCCCCGAACAAGUCGAUUGCUUCAUGAAACAUGGGUACCUGCGUAUUCCUGAAUGCUUCACGCGUGAGGCUGCGGAGGAAUGGACGAAGGAUGUCUGGGUCAGGCUCGGCUUUGACCCCAAAAACCCCGACACCUGGACUACCGAAAGGACCAACAUGCCGGGACAUGGAGAGAAGUCGGUCAAGGACUUCGCGCCCAAGGCAUACGACGCCAUCUGUGAGAUAGUUGGAGGGGAAGAGCGCAUCACUGAAGAAUCCAAAACGUGGAGAGACAGCUUCAUCGUCAACCUGGGAACAAAAGAGCACGAAGGCAAGGAAGCCCACCCUAAAGAAUUGAAUGGGUGGCAUGUGGAUGGAGACUUUUUCGUCCAUUUCCUAGACUCGCCCGAGCAGGGGCUGUUGGUGAUCCCUCUGUUCACGGAUAUUUUGCCCAACGGCGGCGGCACCUGGAUCUGCUCCGAAGGCAUCCCAAAGAUCGGAAACUGGCUGUACGACCAUCCCAAGGGCGUGCUUCCACGAAUGACGCCAAUCGGAUCGACUGAAAAUUAUGAAAAUGGCCUGCAGUUCUAUUCCACAGUCGUCCAAGGCUGUGACGACGAGUCCUUCCACGAGAUGACCGGGUCGGUCGGGGAUGUCAUCUUGCUACAUCCCUUGAUGUUGCACUCGGCCUCCAAGAAUGGACGCCGUUUACCGCGGAUCAUCACCAAUCCACCUGUGUCGCUGGUGGAGCCGUUCAACUUUGAUCGCGAGGACGAGAGCCAGUAUAGUCUCGUUGAGCUUAAGACGAUCAAGGAGCUCGGGGGACAGGACAGACUGAGGGGAUGGAAAAUCCAAGGGAAGAGGGACACGGUCGUGCCGGAGCGAGUUAGACGUCAAGCUCGGAUGUUGGAGGAAGAAAAGAGGCGGCUGAAAGAGCGGGAGUCGCAGAGCCAGAAGCCGCAGGCCGUUGCUGUUGCAUAG